UGGCGCAGCCGUGCGAUGAUCUCAGUUUGCCAUUCGGCAUAUUUGGUCUUGGUUGGCGGCAGAGAGAAGCCGACCGGACUGGAUUGCUACCAUGGCAUCCGCACUGAUGGCUUGGGUUUGGAUCGGUUUAACACUAGCCCAGUUCAACAACGCAGAAUGCUACCGGUACAUACACGGACAUUUGGCCGGCCAGGAGAAGCUUUCCGAAGGCAACGAGCAGCUGAAGGAUGCGGCUCCAGACGACUGCACCGACAAAAGUUUCUCAGUGCCGGUUUGGAAUUUCCUUCAAGGGAGUGGAAAAAGUCCAGUAUCGGAUUUCAACCAGCCACAGUAUCGCUGCAGUAAUGGAACACUUUUCCUGCGCUUAUCACUCAUCCGAUACACAAAUCUGCGUCUGGAAGGUGGGGCGCGGUUGUUGUCAUUGCCUGACAGGUGUCACAGUUCCAUUCAUAUUUAUGGAUGGUGGUUGCUGGUGAAGCUUCCCCAUACUGGCUGCCACACAGCAAUACAGACUGGAGAUGGAAUUGGUUUCCGCCCAUUGAAACUGCAUUACUUUGACCGUCUCCUGCAGGAGAACAUGACAGGCAUGGCCAUCUGUGAGAAUCUAGUAAUGUCACCACUGGUGACUUGUAGAACAACACAUGUCACUGUGAAGCUGCCUCGUGAAACAAAACUGAGGAAAGUGAAAGAGCUUGAUUUUUCCACUAAUGAAGGAUACUCGGUGAGACAGCGGAGGACGCCCAGUACAUUAUUUGUGGAGAUAUCAAAGUUACCAGACAGGGAUUGUGGUUUUGAACUGGUUUAUAUUGACUCUACUGGGAAACUAUGCACAAUGCUGGCAGUUUGUUGCCCUACAUUGCAAAAAAAAGUUGGGAGGCAUCAUGUUAGGCGAUCUCUGGAGGAAACGGAUUUAUUUGACCUGUGGGGCUUUGAUGAUGUUCCUCUUGGACCAUUCGAUCCGCAAACUGCACAGACGAUGGCCAGCUCCGUAACUGAUACGGACCCAGCUACAACAGAGGAAACGGUUUAUGAUGAAGGAAUUUAUGAAUUGUGGGGAUUUGGAGAAAUUCCUGAAGUGCCAUACAUUGGAAUAGAUGCAGAGAUUCCAGGGUCUACUGCCAAAACGACGGCUGCUCCAGCCACGACGACGGCGGCUACCACCACCACAGCUGCUCCAGCCACGACGACGACGGCGGCUACCACCACAGCUGCUCCAGCCACGACGACGAUGACUGCGGCGGCUGCCACGAUGACGGCGGCUACCACCACCACAGCUGCUCCAGCCACGACGGCGGCGGCUACCACCACCACAGAUGCUCCAGCCACGACGACGACGGCGGCUACCACCACAGAUGCUCCAGCCACGACGACGGCGGCGGCUACCACCACCACAGAUGCUCCAGCCACGACGACGACGGCGGCUACCACCACCACAGAUGCUCCAGCCACGACGACGACUGCGGCUACUACCACCACAGCUGUGGCGGCUACCACCACCACAGCUGCUCCAGCCAUGACGACGACGGCGGCUACCACCACCACAGCUGCUCCAGCCACGACGACGACGGCGGCUACCACCACAGCUGCGGCGGCUAGUACCACCACAGCUGCUCCAGCCAUGACGACGACGGCGGCUACCACCACAGCUGCGGCGGCUACCACCACCACAGCUGCUCCAGCCAUGACGACGACGGCGGCUACCACCACAGCUGCGGCGGCUACCACCACCACAGCUGCUCCAGCCAUGACGACGACGGCGGCUACCACCACAGAUGCUCCAGCCAUGACGACGACGGCGGCUACCACCACAGAUGCUCCAGCCAUGACGACGACGGCGGCUACCACCACAGAUGCUCCAGCCACGACGACGGCGGCGGCUACCACCACCACCACAACAGCUGCUCCAGCCACGACGACGACUGCGGCUACCACCACCACAGCUGCUCCAGCCACGGCGACGACGGCGGCUACCACCACCACCACCACCACAGAUGCUCCAGCCACGACGACUACGGCGGCUACCACCACCACAGAUGCUCCAGCCACGACGACUACGGCGGCUACCACCACAACAGAUGCUCCAGCCACGACGACGGCGGCGGCUACGGCGGCUACCACCACAGAUGCUCCAGCCACGACGACGACGGCGGCGGCUAUGGCGGCUACCACCACCACCACCACAGAUGCUCCAGCCACGACAACGACGGCGGCGGCUAUGGCGGCUACCACCACCACCACCACAGAUGCUCCAGCCACGACGACGACGGCGGCUACCACCACCACAGCUGCUCCAGCCACGACGACGGCGGCGGCUACCACCACCACAGCUGCUCCAGCCACGACGACGACGGCGGCUACCACCACAGCUGCUCCAGCCACGACGACGACAGCGGCUACCACCACAGCUGCUCCAGCCACGACGACGACGGCGGCUACCACCACCACCACAGCUGCUCCAGCCACGGCGACGACGGCGGCUACCACCACCACCACAGAUGCUCCAGCCACGACGACGGCUACCACCACCACAGCUGCUCCAGCCACGACGACGACGGCAGCUACCACCACCACAGCUGCUCCAGCCACGACGACGACGGCGGCUACCGCCACCACAGCUGCUCCAGCCCCCACGACGACGACGGCGGCUACCGCCACCACAGCUGCUCCAGCCACGGCGACGACGACGGCGGCUACCACCACGACAACAGCUGCUCCAGCCACGGCGAUGACGACGGCGGCUACCACCACCACCGCAGCUGCUCCAGCCACGACGAUGACGACGGCGGCUACCACCACCACCGCAGCUGCUCCAGCCACGACGAUGACGACGGCGGCUACCACCACCACCACGGCUGCUCCAGCCACGGCUGCUCCAGCCACGACGACGACGGCGGCUACCACCACCACAGAUGCUCCAGCCACGACGACGACGGCGGCUACCACCACCACAGAUGCUCCAGCCACGACGACGACGGCGGCUACCACCUCCACCACAGAUGCUCGAGCCACGACGACGGCGGCUAGCACCACCACCACCACAGAUGCUCCAGCCACCACGACGACGGCGGCUACCACCACCACCACCACAGAUGCUCCAGCCACGACGGCGGCUACCACCACCACCACAGAUGCUUCAGCCACGACGACCACACCUCUUACGACAAGAGCUGUGCUCGCAAACAGAGCUGUGCUUGCUACGACGACAAGCGCCGGCUCAACAACCACCAACGGCACCUCAUACACCAUGACAAGCACCAGCGGCAUCUCCACUGUGACGAGUGCCGGCUCUACGAGUAGCAACACCACCUCCACUAUGAUGACUUCCGGAUUGACGUCUACCAGCGAGGUCUCAAACAUGAGCCGUGGCUCAAAGACCACCAAUGGCUCUUCCACCACGAUGAGCAGUGGCUUAAUGGACGACGACGCCGACUCGUCCACCACAAUGAGUUCCGGAUUGACGUCUACCAGCGAGGUCUCGACCAUGACAAGCCCUGGCUCAACGACCACCAAUGACUCCACCACAAUGAGUUCCGGAGUGACGGCCAGCAACGAGGUCUCAAACAUGACGAGCCCUGGCUCAAAGACCACCAAUGGCUCUUCCACCACGAUGAGCAGUGGCUUAAUGGACGACUCGUCUACCAGCGAGGUCUCGACCAUGACAAGCCCUGGCUCAACGACCACCAAUGACUCCACCACAAUGAGUUCCGGAGUGACGGCCAGCAGCGAGGUCUCGACCACCAUGAGCUCAGGAUUGACAUCUAUCAGUGAGAUAUCCACCAGUACUACUGGCGCCGGCUCAAGGGCCACCAACAAUUCCUCCACCACGAUGAGCAGUGGCUUGAUGGACGACGAUUCCACCACAAUGAGUUCCGGAGUGACGGCCAGCAGCGAGGUCUCGACCACCAUGAGCUCAGGAUUGACAUCUAUCAGUGAGAUAUCCACCAGUACUACUGGCGCCGGUUCAAGGGCCACCAACGAUUCCUCCACCACGAUGAGCAGUGGCUUGAUGGACGACGAUUCCACCACAAUGACUUCCGGAAUGACGGCCACCAGCGAGGUCUCAAACAUGACGAGCCCUGGCUCAAAGACCACCAAUGGCUCUUCCACCACGAUGAGCAGUGGCUUAAUGGACGACGACAACGACGACUCCACCACAAUGAGUUCCGGAUUGACGUCUACCAGCGAGUUCUCGACCAUGACAAGCCCUGGCUCAACAACCACCAAUGACUCCACCAGAAUGAGUUCCGGAGUGACGGCCAGCAGCGAGGUCUCGACCACCAUGAGCUCAGGAUUGACAUCUAUCAGUGAGAUAUCCACCAGUACUACUGACGCCGGCUCAAGGGCCACCAACGAUUCCUCCACCACGAUGAGCAGUGGCUUGAUGGACGACGAUUCCACCACAAUGAGUUCUGGAAUGACGGCCACCAGCGAAGUCUCUACCACCAUGAUGACUUCCGGAUUGACGGCCAUCAGCGAGGUCUCGACCACCACUACAAGCACCAGCGGCGCCGGCUCGACAACCAGCAACGACGACGACUCCACUAUGAUGAGCAGUGGCUUGACGGCCACCAGCGACGUCUCAAACAUGACGAGCCCUGGCUCAAAGACCACCAAUGGCUCUUCCACCACGAUGAGCAGUGGCUUAAUGGACGACGACUCGUCCACCACAAUGAGUUCCGGAUUGACGUCUACCAGCGAGGUCUCGACCAUGACAAGCCCUGGCUCAACGACCACCAAUGACUCCACCACAAUGAGUUCCGGAGUGACGGCCAGCAGCGAGGUCUCGACCACCAUGAGCUCAGGAUUGACAUCUAUCAGUGAGAUAUCCACCAGUACUACUGGCGCCGGCUCAAGGGCCACCAACGAUUCCUCCACCACGAUGAGCAGUGGCUUGAUGGACGACGAUUCCACCACAAUGAGUUCCGGAGUGACGGCCAGCAGCGAGGUCUCGACCACCAUGAGCUCAGGAUUGACAUCUAUCAGUGAGAUAUCCACCAGUACUACUGGCGCCGGCUCAAGGGCCGCCAACGAUUCCUCCACCACGAUGAGCAGUGGCUUGAUGGACGACGAUUCCACCACAAUGACUUCCAGAAUGACAGCCACCAGCGAGGUCUCAAACAUGACGAGCCCUGGCUCAAAGACCACCAAUGGCUCUUCCACCACGAUGAGCAGUGGCUUAAUGGACGACGGACGACUGGCCCACCCCAAUGAGUUCGGAUUGACGUCUACCAGCGAGGUCUCGACCAUGACAAGCCCUGGCUCAACGACCACCAGUGACUCCACCAUAAUGAGUUCCGGAGUGACGGCCAGCAGCGAGGUCUCGACCACCAUGAGCUCAGGAUUGACAUCUAUCAGUGAGAUAUCCACCAGUACUACUGGCGCCGGCUCAAGGGCCACCAACGAUUCCUCCACCACGAUGAGCAGUGGCUUGAUGGACGACGAUUCCGCCACGAGUUCUGGAAUGACGGCCACCAGCGAGGUCUCUACCACCAUGAUGACUUCCGGAUUGACGGCCAUCAGCGAGGUCUCGACCACCACUACAAGCGCCGGCUCGACAACCAGCAACGACGACGACUCCACCAUGAUGAGCAGUGGCUUGACGGCCACCAGCGAGGUCUCAAACAUGACGAGCCCUGGCUCAAAGACAACCAAUGGCUCUUCCACCACGAUGAGCAGUGGCUUAAUGGACGACGACGACGAUUCCACCACAAUGAGUUCCGGAUUGACGUCUACCAGCGAGGUCUCGACCAUGACAAGCCCUGGCUCAACGACCACCAAUGACUCCACCACAAUGAGUUCCGGAGUGACGGCCAGCAGCGAGGUCUCGACCACCAUGACCUCAGGAUUGACAUCUAUCAGUGAGAUAUCCACCAGUACUACUGGCGCCGGCUCAAGGGCCACCAACGAUUCCUCCACCACGAUGAGCAGUGGCUUGAUGGACGACGAUUCCACCACAAUGAGUUAUGGAAUGACGGCCACCAGCGAGGUCUCUACCACCAUGAUGACUUCCGGAUUGACGGCCAUCAGCGAGGUCUCGACCACCACUACAAGCACCAGCGGCGCCGGCUCGACAACCAGCAACAAUGACGACUCCACUAUGAUGAGCAGUGGCUUGACGGCCACCAGCAAGGUCUCAAACAUGACGAGCCCUAGUUCAAAGACCACCAAUGGCUCUUCCACCACGAUGAGCAGUGGCUUAAUGGACGACGACGACUCGUCCACCACAAUGAGUUCCGGAUUGACGUCUACCAGCGAGGUCUCGACCAUGACAAGCCCUGGCUCAACGACCACCAGUGACUCCACCACAAUGAGUUCCGGAAUGACAGCCACCAGCGAGGUCUCAAACAUGACGAGCCCUGGCUCAAAGACCACCAAUGGCUCAUCCACCACGAUGAGCAGUGGCUUAAUGGACGACGACUCGUCCACCACAAUGAGUUCCGGAUUGACGUCUACCAGCGAGGUCUCGACCAUGACAAGCCCUGGCUCAACGACCACCAAUGACUCCACCACAAUGAGUUCCGGAGUGACGGCCAGCAGCGAGGUCUCGACCACCAUGAGCUCAGGAUUGACAUCUAUCAGUGAGAUAUCCACCAGUACUACUGGCGCCGGCUCAAGGGCCACCAACGAUUCCUCCACCACGAUGAGCAGUGGCUUGAUGGACGACGAUUCCACCACAAUGAGUUCGAGUGGACGGCCAGCACGAUUCCACCACAAUGACUUCGGAAUGACAGCCACCAGCGGCGUCUCAAACAUGACGAGCCCUGGCUCAAAGACCACCAAUGGCUCUUCCACCACGAUGAGCAGUGGCUUAAUGGACGACGACGACUCGUCCACCACAAUGAGUUCCGGAUUGACGUCUACCAGCGAGGUCUCGACCAUGACAAGCCCUGGCUCAACGACCACCAAUGACUCCACCACAAUGAGUUCCGGAGUGACUGCCAGCAGUGAGGUCUGGACCACCAUGAGCUCAGGAUUGACAUCUAUCAGUGAGAUAUCCACCAGUACUACUGGCGCCGGCUCAAGGGCCGCCAACGAUUCCUCCACCACGAUGAGCAGUGGCUUGAUGGACGACGAUUCCACCACAAUGAGUUCCGGAAUGACAGCCACCAGCGAGGUCUCAAACAUGACGAGCCCUGGCUCAAAGACCACCAAUGGCUCUUCCACCACGAUGAGCAGUGGCUUAAUGGACGACGACGACUCGUCCACCACAAUGAGUUCCGGAUUGACGUCUACCAGCGAGGUCUCGACCAUGACAAGCCCUGGCUCAAAGACCACCAAUGGCUCUUCCACCACGAUGAGCAGUGGCUUAAUGGACGACGACUCGUCCACCACAAUGAGUUCCGGAUUGACGUCUACCAGCGAGGUCUCGACUAUGACAAGCCCUGGCUCAACGACCACCAAUGACUCCACCACAAUGAGUUCCGGAGUGACGGCCAGCAGCGAGGUCUCGACCACCAUGAGCUCAGGAUUGACAUCUAUCAGUGAGAUCUCCACCAGUACUACUGGCGCCGGCUCAAGGGCCACCAACGAUUCCUCCACAACGAUGAGCAGUAGCUUGAUGGACGACGAUUACACCACAAUGAGUUCCAGAUUGACGGCCAGCAGCGAGGUGUCGACCACCAUGAGCUCAGGAUUGAGAACUAUCAGUGAGUUAUCCCCCAGUACUACUGGCGCCGACUCAAGGGCCGCCAACGAUUCCUCCACCACGAUGAGCAGUGGCUUGAUGUACGACGAUUCCACCACAAUGAGUUCCGGAAUGACAGCCACCAGCGAGGUCUCAAACAUGACAAGCCCUGGCUCAAAGACCACCAAUGGCUCUUCAACCACGAUGAGCAGUGGCUUAAUGGACGACGACGACGACGACUCCUCCACCACAAUGACUUCCGGAUUGACGUCUACCAGCAAGGUCUCGACUAUGACAAGCCCUGGCUCAACGACCACCAAUGACUCCACCACAAUGAGUUCCGGAGUGACGGCCAGCAGCGAGGUCUCGACCACCAUGAGCUCAGGAUUGACAUCUAUCAGUGAGAUAUCCACCAGUACUACUGGCGCCGGCUCAAGGGCCACCAACGAUUCCUCCACCGCGAUGAGCAGUGGCUUGAUGGACGACGAUUCCACCACAAUGAGUUCCGGAGUGACGGCCAGCAGUGAGGUCUCGACCACCAUGAGCUCAGGAUUGACAUCUAUCAGUGAGAUAUCCACCAGUACUACUGGCGCCGGCUCAAGGGCCUCCAACGAUUCCUCCACCACGAUGAGCAGUGGCUUGAUGGACGACGAUUCCACCACAAUGAGUUCUGGAAUGACGGCCACCAGCGAGGUCUCUUCCACCACUACAAGCACCAGCGGCGCCGGCUCGACAACCAGCAACGACGACGACUCCACUAUGAUGAGCAGUGGCUUGACGGCCACCAGCGAGGUCUCAAACAUGACGAGCCCUGGCUCAAAGGCCACCAAUGGCUCUUCCACCACGAUGAGCAGUGGCUUAAUGGACGACGACGACUCGUCCACCACAAUGAGUUCCGGAUUGACGUCUACCAGCGAGGUCUCGACCAUGACAAACCCUGGCUCAACGACCACCAGUGACUCCACCACAAUGAGUUCCGGAGUGACGGCCAGCAGCGAGGUCUCGACCACCAUGAGCUCAGGAUUGACAUCUAUCAGUGAGAUAUCCACCAGUACUACUGGCGCCGGCUCAAGGGCCACCAACGAUUCCUCCACCACGAUGAGCAGUGGCUUGAUGGACGACGAUUCCACCACGAGUUCUGGAAUGACGGCCACCAGCGAGGUCUCUACCACCAUGAUGACUUCCGGAUUGACGGCCAUCAGCGAGGUCUCGACCACCACUACAAGCACCAGCGGCGCCGGCUCGACAACCAGCAACGACGAUUCCUCCACCACGAUGAGCAGUGGCUUGAUGGACGACGAUUCCACCACAAUGACUUCCGGAAUGACAGCCACCAGCGAGGUCUCAAACAUGACGAGCCCUGGCUCAAAGACCACCAAUGGCUCUUCCACCACGAUGAGCAGUGGCUUGAUGGACGACGAUUCCACCACAAUGACUUCCGGAAUGACAGCCACCAGCGAGGUCUCAAACAUGACGAGCCCUGGCUCAAAGACCACCAGUGGCUCUUCCACCACGAUGAGCAGUGGCUUAAUGGACGACGACUCGUCCACCACAAUGAGUUCCGGAUUGACGUCUACCAGCGAGGUCUCGACUAUGACAAGCCCUGGCUCAACGACCACCAAUGACUCCACCACAAUGAGUUCCGGAGUGACGGCCAGCAGCGAGGUCUCGACCACCAUGAGCUCAGGAUUGACAUCUAUCAGUGAGAUAUCCACCAGUACUACUGGCGCCGGCUCAAGGGCCGCCAACGAUUCCUCCACCGCGAUGAGCAGUGGCUUGAUGGACGACGAUUCCACCACAAUGAGUUCCGGAGUGACAGCCACCAGCGAAGUCUCAAACAUGACGAGCCCUGGCUCAAAGACCACCAAUGGCUCUUCCACCACGAUGAGCAGUGGCUUAAUGGACGACGAUUCCACCACAAUGAGUUCCGGAGUGACGGCCAGCAGCGAGGUCUCGACCACCAUGACCUCAGGAUUGACAACUAUCAGUGAGAUAUCCACCAGAACUACUGGCGCCGGCUCAAGGGCCGCCAACGAUUCCUCCACCACGAUGAGCAGUGGCUUGAUGGACGACGAUUCCACCACAAUGACUUCCGGAAUGACAGCCACCAGCGAGGUCUCAAACAUGACGAGCCCUGGCUCAAAGACCACCAAUGGCUCUUCCACCACGAUGAGCAGUGGCUUAAUGGACGACGACUCGUCCACCACAAUGAGUUCCGGAUUGACGUCUACCAGCGAGGUCUCGACUAUGACAAGCCCUGGCUCAACGACCACCAAUGACUCCCCCACAAUGAGUUCCGGAGUGACGGCCAGCAGCGAGGUCUCGACCACCAUGAGCUCAGGAUUGACAUCUAUCAGUGAGAUAUCCACCAGUACUACUGGCGCCGGUUCAAGGGCCGCCGACGAUUCCUACACCACGAUGAGCAGUGGCUUGAUGGACGACGAUUCCACCACAAUGAGUUCCGGAGUGACGGCCAGCAGCGAGGUCUCGACCACCAUGAGCUCAGGAUUGACAUCUAUCGGUGAGAUAUCCACCAGUACUACUGGCGCCGGCUCAAGGGCCGCCAACGAUUCCUCCACCACGAUGAGCAGUGGCUUGAUGGACGACGAUUCCACCACAAUGACUUCCGGAAUGACAGCCACCAGCGAGGUCUCAAACAUGACGAGCCCUGGCUCAAAGACCACCAAUGGCUCUUCCACCACGAUGAGCAGUGGCUUAAUGGACGACGAUGACGACUCCUCCACCACAAUGAGUUCCGGAUUGACGUCUACCAGCGAGGUCUCGACUAUGACAAGCCCUGGCUCAACGACCACCAAUGACUCCUCCACAAUGAGUUCCGGAGUGACGGCCAGCAGCGAGGUCUCGACCACCAUGAGCUCAGGAUUGACAUCUAUCAGUGAGAUAUCCACCAGUACUACUGGCGCCGGCUCAAGGGCCACCAACGAUUCCUCCACCACGAUGAGCAGUGGCUUGAUGGACGACGAUUCCACCACAAUGAGCUCUGGAAUGACGGCCACCAGCGAGGUCUCUACCACCAUGAUGACUUCCGGAUUGACGGCCAUCAGCGAGGUCUCGACCACCACUACAAGCACCAGCGGCGCCGGCUCGACAACCAGCGACGACGACUCCACUAUGAUGAGCAGUGGCUUGACGGCCACCAGCGAGGUCUCAAACAUGACGAGCCCUGGCUCAAAGACCACCAAUGGCUCUUCCACCACGAUGAGCAGUGGCUUAAUGGACGACGACGACGAUUCCACCACAAUGAGUUCCGGAGUGACGGCCAGCAGCGAGGUCUCGACCACCAUGAGCUCAGGAUUGACAUCUAUCGGUGAGAUAUCCACCAGUACUACUGGCGCCGGCUCAAGGGCCGCCAACGAUUCCUCCACCACGAUGAGCAGUGGCUUGAUGGACGACGAUUCCACCACAAUGACUUCCGGAAUGACAGCCACCAGCGAGGUCUCAAACAUGACGAGCCCUGGCUCAAAGACCACCAAUGGCUCUUCCACCACGAUGAGCAGUGGCUUAAUGGACGACGAUGACGACUCCUCCACCACAAUGAGUUCCGGAUUGACGUCUACCAGCGAGGUCUCGACCAUGACAAGCCCUGGCUCAACGACCACCAAUGACUCCACCACAAUGAGUUCCGGAUUGACGGCCAGCAGCGAGGUCUCGACCACCAUGAGCUCAGGAUUGCCAUCUAUCGGUGAGAUAUCCACCAGUACUACUGGCGCCGGCUCAAGGGCCGCCAACGAUUCCUCCACCACGAUGAGCAGUGGCUUGAUGGACGACGAUUCCACCACAAUGAGUUCCGGAAUGACAGCCACCAGCGAGGUCUCAAACAUGACGAGCCCUGGCUCAAAGACCACCAAUGGCUCUUCCACCACGAUGAACAGUGGCUUAAUGUACAACGACGACUCGUCCACCACAAUGAGUUCCGGAUUGACGUCUACCAGCGAGGUCUCGACUAUGACAAGCCCUGGCUCAACGACCACCAAUGACUCCUCCACAAUGAGUUCCGGAGUGACGGCCAGCAGCGAGGUCUCGACCACCAUGAGCUCAGGAUUGACAUCUAUCAGUGAGAUAUCCACCAGUACUACUGGCGCCGGCUCAAGGGCCGCCAACGAUUCCUCCACCACGAUGAGCAGUGGCUUGAUGGACGACGAUUCCACCACAAUGACUUCCGGAAUGACGGCCAGCAGCGAGGUCUCGACCACCAUGAGCUCAGGAUUGACAUCUAUCGGUGAGAUAUCCACCAGUACUACUGGCGCCGGCUCAAGGGCCGCCAGCGAUUCCUCCACCACGAUGAGCAGUGGCUUGAUGGACGACGAUUCCACCACAAUGACUUCCGGAAUGACAGCCACCAGCGAGGUCUCAAACAUGACGAGCCCUGGCUCAAAGACCACCAAUGGCUCUUCCACCACGAUGAGCAGUGGCUUAAUGGACGACGAUGACGACUCCUCCACCACAAUGAGUUCCGGAUUGGCGUCUACCAGCGAGGUCUCGACUAUGACAAGCCCUGGCUCAACGACCACCAAUGACUCCUCCACAAUGAGUUCCGGAGUGACGGCCAGCAGCGAGGUCUCGACCACCAUGAGCUCAGGAUUGACAUCUAUCAGUGAGAUAUCCACCAGUACUACUGGCGCCGGCUCAAGGGCCACCAACGAUUCCUCCACCACGAUGAGCAGUGGCUUGAUGGACGACGAUUCCACCACAAUGAGCUCUGGAAUGACGGCCACCAGCGAGGUCUCUACCACCAUGAUGACUUCCGGAUUGACGGCCAUCAGCGAGGUCUCGACCACCACUACAAGCACCAGCGGCGCCGGCUCGACAACCAGCAACGACGACGACUCCACUAUGAUGAGCAGUGGCUUGACGGCCACCAGCGAGGUCUCAAACAUGACGAGCCCUGGCUCAAAGACCACCAAUGGCUCUUCCACCACGAUGAGCAGUGGCUUAAUGGACGACGACGACGAUUCCACCACAAUGAGUUCCGGAGUGACGGCCAGCAGCGAGGUCUCGACCACCAUGAGCUCAGGAUUGACAUCUAUCGGUGAGAUAUCCACCAGUACUACUGGCGCCGGCUCAAGGGCCGCCAACGAUUCCUCCACCACGAUGAGCAGUGGCUUGAUGGACGACGAUUCCACCACAAUGACCACCAAUGGCUCUUCUACCACGAUGAGCAGUGGCUUAAUGGACGACGAUGACGACUCCUCCACCACAAUGAGUUCCGGAUUGACGUCUACCAGCGAGGUCUCGACCAUGACAAGCCCUGGCUCAACGACCACCAAUGACUCCACCACAAUGAGUUCCGGAGUGACGGCCAGCAGCGAGGUCUCGACCACCCUGAGCUCAGGAUUGACAUCUAUCAGUGAGAUAUCCACCAGUACUACUGGCGCCGGCUCAAGGGCCGCCAAUGAUUCCUCCACCACGAUGAGCAGUGGCUUGAUGGACGACGAUUCCACCACAAUGAGUUCCGGAGUGACGGCCAGCAGUGAGGUCUCGACCACCAUGAGCUCAGGAUUGACAUCUAUCAGUGAGAUAUCCACCAGAACUACUGGCGCCGGCUCAAGGGCCGCCAACAAUUCCUCCACCACGAUGAGCAGUGGCUUGAUGGACGACGAUUCCACCACAAUGACUUCCGGAAUGACAGCCACCAGCGAGGUCUCAAACAUGACGAGCCCUGGCUCAAAGACCACCAAUGGCUCUUCCACCACGAUGAGCAGUGGCUUAAUGGACGACGACUCGUCCACCACAAUGAGUUCCGGAUUGACGUCUACCAGCGAGGUCUCGACUAUGACAAGCCCUGGCUCAACGACCACCAAUGACUCCUCCACAAUGAGUUCCGGAGUGACGGCCAGCAGCGAGGUCUCGACCACCAUGAGCUCAGGAUUGACAUCUAUCAGUGAGAUAUCCACCAGUACUACUGGCGCCGGCUCAAGGGCCGCCAACGAUUCCUCCACCACGAUGAGCAGUGGCUUGAUGGACGACGAUUCCACCACGAGUUCUGGAAUGACGGCCAGCAGCGAGGUCUCUACCACCAUGAUGACUUCCGGAUUGACGGCCACCAGCGACAUUGCAACAAUGACGCGCACCGGCUUGACGACCACCAUGACAAGCACCACCGGCGCCCCCACCACUAAGAGUGCCAGUUCAACAACCACAGAAUCCUCCAGCAUGAGUUCGGGAUUGACGGCCAGCAGCAAUGCCUCCAAUACCACUACAAGCGCUGGCUUGACUACCACCAUGACAAGCACCAGCGCCGCCCCUACAACAACCACCAGUGAAGUCUCCACUGUGACGAGCCUUGGUUCAACGACCACCAAUGAAUCUUCCACCACGAGUUCCGGAUUGACGGCCACCAGCGGGGCCUCCACUACAAGCCCCAGCUCAACGACGUAGAAGAUUGAUCGUGUGCAGUUGGAGAAUGGAUGCAGUUACUUUUUUUUAUCUAAGUGUGUAAAAUUUUGAAAAAAUUGAAUACAUAAUAAAUGAAAUUUUCUAACUGAGAAACGCAUUUCUAUAUUUUAUAGACAUCUAAAUGUAUUACUUCUACAUUUUGGCUACUCUUGAAUUUCUAUAUUUCCUUUCCUUAAUUUAUUUCUGUUAAUGAGAUUUGUCGUCCUAACCUGCGUAAUGGUCAGCCUGAAGCCUGCGGUCACAAAUUUGAUUCCUUCAACAAAUUGUCUUCUGAAAAUAUCUAAUGGGUCAAAAAUAUACAUACAGGACAGCUAGAAUUUGGUUGCGUGUCCCUUUGCCCUUUUCAUCUCAGUCUGCCGCCUUUGGUAGCCAUCAACAAGCUUCUGGGAUAAGUCUGAAGUCAACUGUUAGCAAAAUAGCACCAGAGCAUGAUACUACUAGUCUAAGGAUUGAAUUCCUCAACAUUUCUCCUUCAAACCUACUUGUCAAUGUGUCUAAAUAACUCCAUUUUUGUUACAUCAGACAAAGCACUGUGGCCCUUCAACCAUGGUGAUUUAGAACUCUUUACUGAGGACAGUGUUACCGGUAUUCUAGCAGUUUCAAAAUCAUGGCAGACCUGUUUGCCAAGGUCUAGAAGAAAACCAAAAUUUUCAAAGACACCACUGUUCGCAGUAAUUUGUACUUGCAAACAAUUGUUUGCACUGAUGUUCUUGGGACCUAUAGUUCCUUUGUAAUGGCCCCAGGUGACAUUCCCGACGUGUAUUUGUUAUACACUUUCUCAGAUCAGAACUGAGCCCUUUGGACCUUCCCAUUGUGAUGUGUGUGUGGCUCUAAUUGAUUGUGCAGUCAAACAAGCUCUAUUUACACUGAUGCAUGAGUUACCAACUGUAGUAAACAUCACUCAAAGUUAAAUGACAUUUUAGAACUUUCUAUGCCCCCAAUGCUUAUGAUAUACAGUAUUGUAAGAUGUUAUAUGUAUGUUUUUGACCCAUCAGAUUGUCAUAUUUUCAGAGGAUGUUAUAAAAGAAACCAAAGUGAUUUGUUUUGUAACAAAGAAGUACAUUUCACAAUAAUUUUGUCACAGAAAGAGCAGUUGCAGACACAAUUGAAAGCCGCUUGACAAGUGUAUGUAAACUUUUGACCACAACUUUAUGUAAUUGUCACCAAAUAGCUGAAAGGGCAUGUUGAUCAUGGUAAGUACAUAUUUUGAUGUCACUGGAAUGUCCAACGAAGACUGUCAGGGAAAUAGUUUCUGUAGUGGGAGGAGCCGCUGGUUCUGGAAGCGAAUUUUUUUAUUUUUCCGCCAUUCGUUGUUCCCAUUUCACAUCCUUUUGAAUGAUAUCCUCAAUGUUACUUAACAUUAAAACAGUACUGUGGCACAUGGUGCCCAAGUAAACCGCAUAUUGGGUGUCUUAGCUUUGCGUUCAAAAUCUUACUUAAGGAAAAGUACAUAAGUAUUAGCAACAAAAUAUUAAAGUACCAAAAGUAAAAGUACUCAUUAUGCAGAAUGGCCCAUUUCAAAAUCAUUUGUUAUAUCACUGGAUUCUAAUUAGUGAUGCAUUAAUGUGUAUGCAUCACUAAUGUUGCAGCUGGUAAAGGUGGGGCUAACUAUUUUAUAUUCUGUCAAGUAGCUUAAUCCAUAAUAAUAAAUCAUAAUUUAUCAGUUGAUUUCUAUUUUGCAUUAAUGAUGUGCGUCUGUAAAGUAACUAAUGUUGGCUAAUAAAUGUAGUGGAGUAAAAAGUACAAUGUUGGCUUCCAAAAUGUAGUGGAAUACAAGUAUAAAGCAGCAUAUAAUGGAAAUACU